AUGAAAUUCAACCUAAUCAUUGCCAUCAUCUUUAAUCUAACGAUUGGCCUAACACUUGUGCCACUCAUUGAAAGUCAUACAGUUUGGAUCCAUAACAAAAUGUGGCCAGGUACAUUUGGCAAGGUUACAGUCAUGGUAGAUGGAUCAGAAAGGAGUAGUGGGAGUUCAACUGCUCACCACGGUUUUAGUGUUCAAGUGUAUGAUGAUAUAAAAAUUUUUAACCUUUCAUUCGCUGUCGAGCUUUCAGGCAAAAAAGAUAAGACUCGUGGACCAUUCAGAAAUCACCGAGAUUACGAAUGGAAAAUGACUGGUAGUGUAGAUGGAUGGGAUAUUGAAGAGCUAUCCUAA